AUGGCAACACCGUGGCCUCAAGUGGCAGCAUGGCCCAACGACCCCCGAGAGCAUGCUGCAUACCUCAGCGAUUACCUCAGGAAAGCACUCGCCUGUAUCGACUCUACCGGAGACCAGCCGGUGCCGAAGCCUCUUGUCAAGACUAUGAUCGCAGCCAUGAGCGUCCUGAUUUCCAAGUUCCAGAAUACGCCUGAUCUCAGCGCCGUCGUCCAAGCUAUUACAACUAUCCAGAGCGACCUCAAAACAACAGCAGAGACGGUACAAUCCACGGCGAUCAAAGUUCAGCAGAAUACAAUAACGCAGCAGCACAUGGCUACGCUGAGCCAGGAGACCAAUCAAGCCGUGAAGGAAGCUGCCGAGACACGACGAACAACCACCGAACUUCUGCAAGAGACGAACGACAUAGCCAAAGCGAUAAAUGAUACGACCAAGACGACGAAUGAUAUGGUGAAAGUUGUGCAGUGCGCUCCGCCUUCUAAGGCUUCAUACGCGUCGGUAUUGAGUAGCAAUACGGCUCCUCUUAGCAGACCAAUCACAAUAUCCACUCAGACAUCAUUAUUGACUUGA